AUAAAACAUUUAAGGCCGAACAAAAGCUUCAAGUUUCUUACAUCCUUUAAGGUUUCAAAGAAAAUGUCGAGCUCUCAGUACAACGCAGGACAAUCUCGUGCCAAGACUCAAGCCAAGACAGAGGAUUGGAUGGAGUCGGCUAAAAACACAGCAGAGUCGGCACACGACAAGGCUUGCGAUGCAACCAACAGCACCCAGGCACAAGCCCAACAAAGUAAGGAAGAGAAAGCUGGAUUCCUUCAACAGACCGGAGAGCAAGUCGUUCACAUGGCUCAGGGUGCCAUUGAUGGCGUGAAGAACACACUUGGAGUGGGUGACAAGAAGUGAAUGAACAAAUAUGGCAUGUAACAUGCAUGCUCUUGAUGCUGGUUUUAUUUUUUAUGGGUUUUAUGGUUUUUUUAUUAUUAAUUAAUUGUAUUGGAGUUUCUUAUUCAAGAUUGCUCCCAUGAUCUAAUAAGAGCUUUAGCAAUAUUUUGCUAGGGCCAUUGAUAAUAGAUUUCACAUUCUCGGUAGAUUUUUUCUCAUAACCAAUUGUAUUUUGAUUUAGUCGAGGUUUCUUCUGAGAAGAAUCUCAUUAACUUUAAUGAAAGAUCCGAAUAUUUCAUUCAAAAA